GUAAUAAAACAAAUGGAAACCAAAUAUACCUAAGUAUUUUACAUUUAUUUGAUUUUUUACCAUCGCUAUGAAUAGUGAAUAUUUACAAAGUUAUAUCUACGUGUUUUUCCCAUCAUUUUUAUGGAUUCUAAUGCAUAUUUCACUAAGUUCAAGUCAAAUUAUUUCAAGUAACACAAAAAAUAAUGAAAAUUCGGAUUCAAAAGAAAUAGGUGAUAUUACUCAGCUACCUAAAAGUAUGUACUGCAGGAUUCAACCUAAUCGUAACCAGUGUGGACGACAUUCUCGGACCUCUUUAAGAUAUUAUUGGGAUGUUCACGGCAAGUCAUGUCAACGAUUCGACUAUGGAAACUGCGACAAUAGUUACAAUAUGUUUAGUUCCAUACCGAGCUGCAAGGAUGAAUGUGAAGAGGACUCGCACAUCCUUACAUUCACAAAUGUCACAGCAAAUGUAUUUUGUUUUUUCCAACCUGAGUUUGGUAAUUGUAAUUCGUAUCAUCCCAGGUGGUAUUUUGACAUAAAUGAAAUGAAAUGCAAGGGUUUCUCAUUCAGCGGUUGUGGAGGUAACCAUAACAGAUUUGAUACGGCCAAUCAUUGCAUGCAUACAUGUAGCGAGUUUAUCCACCAUCUCAAUGGCGACCGAUAGUCUAAUUAUAUUUAAUUUUAAUAUUAA